ACUAUUGUGCAAAUCCAUUCUAUAUGAAUUUGCUAUCAAGAAGAACCUGAGAAGGCCUAUAUAUAACCCAGGAUAUGAAGGGCAAAGUUCAGUUUUUAUUUCCUCCGUGUCUUUGGGAUUUAGAACUUACAAAGGUGAGGAAGCUGGAAGUAAGAAAAUGGCAGAGCAAGUAUCUGCUCGAGCCGCUAUUGAAUCGCUCUUAGAAACUGAUGAUGGAACUCUUUCCCAAAUCAUUAAGUCCAAAGAUAAGUUCCAUCCUGGUAUACAACCCAAAAAGGAAGCUGGCUCUGAUGAGAAAAUCUUACCCAACUGCUCUGGUAAUUUACAAGGCCAAAAAGAUAAGUGCCAUCCUGGUAUAGAAAUAAAAGAUGAGACUGGCUCUGGUGAGAAAAUCAUGCCUAAGUACCCUGGAAAUUUACAAGGCCAAAAAGCUAGCAUUGAGCGAGCAGUGGUUUGUUUCCACUCUGAUGGGGCUGUUGGUAAUCCUGGAAGUGGAACAAAGCGUAAAAAGGAAACUAACAACUGGGGAAGGAACAAAAUGAAAAGAUUUGGUUAUUGACACUUUGACUGCAAAUGCCCGUCUUAAAACUAGGUAGACUUGAUAACUGUUGACCUGAAUAGGAUCAUGAACUUAUUCUGCAAAAUUCAACUCAUCUCUGUAUAAAUUUGAUUAUAAAGUAUUUUCAUAUGCUGCUAA